GAGAGAAAAUGGCGGCUUCGGCGGCUUCGGCGCCUCAGCAGCUAUCGGAUGAGGAGCUUUUCUCCCAGCUCCGCCGUUACGGCCUAUCUCCUGGCCCGGUGACGGAGAGCACUCGCCCAGUCUACCUCAAGAAGCUGAAGAAGCUUCGAGAGGAAGAGCAGCAGCAACACCGGUCGGGGGGCCGCGGCAACAAGACGCGGAACAGUAAUAACAAUAACACCGCAGCCGCCACAGUCGCAGCCGCGGGACUCGCGGAGGCGGCUGUAGGGAUGGGUGUCCGGCCAGUCUCCGGCGACCUCUCUUACUUACUGACCCCUGGGGGCCUGAGCCGACUAUCGCCCUCCGGCCCGGAGAGCCCUUUGGGAGGGCCUGGGAGCACCUCAGCUGCCCCCACGGCUGGCAGCAAAGUGCUGCUGGGCUUCAGCUCGGACGAGUCGGACGUGGAGGCCAGUCCCCGGGACCAGGCCGGCGGCGGGAGGAAAGAUCGGGCUUCACUUCAGUACCGCGGGCUCAAACCGCCGCCUGCACCCCUGGCCGCCAGCGAGGUGACUAACAACAACUCAGCCGAGCGAAGAAAGCCCCACUCGUGGUGGGGAGCCCGGAGGCCGACGGCCCCCGAACUGCAAACCCCGUCGGGCAAAGAUGGAGCAGCGGAGAACGAUGAAGAGAAGGGAGAAGACGGUGAGGAGAGGGACCCGGAGGCCGAGGAGCCACUUUGGCCGAGUCGGACCGUGAAUGGCAGCCGGCUUACCCCCUACAGCUGCCGGGAAAACUAUUCGGAUUCGGAGGAAGAAGAGGACGACGACGUGGCCUCCACCAGACAGGUAUUAAAGGACGACUCCCUUUCCCGGCAUCGGUCCAGACGGAGCCAUAGUAAACCUUUUUCUCCGCUCACUGCUAAAUCUGCCGGCAACAGACUGGAGACCUCAGUUCAGGGAGGGGGAGGAAUCUCGAUGAAUGACAGGGCGGUGGCUGCCGGGAGUCUAGACAGGAGCCGAAACCUCGAAGAGGCGGUGGUGGCAACGGCGGCAGUGGAGCAGGGAGGAGGGUGUGAUCCACUUGACUCCAGCCCCAUUCCUCGAUACCGUGUUAACGCUAAGAAACUGGCCCCUCUCUUGCCCCCGCCACGUGCUGAUAUGGACUCAACCUUGGAUUCAGCUGGCUCCCUUCGUAAAACCAAUAAUCAUAUCUGCGGUGGGGCCUUCAGUGUGGACUCCCCUAGAAUCUAUUCCAACAGCCUUCCACCCGUUGCGGCGGUGGCCGCUUCCAGUUCACUCAGGAUAAAUCACUCCAAUCAUACGGUCUCCAAUCAUACCUACCUGAAAAACACAUACAGCAAACCGAAGCUUUCCGAACCUGAGGAGGAACUUCUCCAGCAGUUUAAGCGCGAGGAGGUUUCCCCAACAGGAGGCUUCAGUGCCCACUACUUGUCGAUGUUUCUUUUAACUGCUGCCUGCUUAUUUUUCCUAAUAUUGGGACUCACAUACCUCGGAAUGAGAGGGACAGGAGUAUCCGAGGAUGGAGAACUCAGCAUAAAAAAUCCCUUUGAUGAAACAUUUGGAAAAAUACAAGAAAGGGAAAAAAAUCUUAUGAUGAACACAUUAUACAAGCUUCAUGAUCGAUUGGCACAGCUUGCAGGAGAUCAUGAAUGUGGCAGUUCUAGUCAGAGAACGCUUUCUGUCCAAGAGGCAGCUGGAUAUUUAAAAGAAUUAGGUCCUGAAUAUGAAGAAAUAUUUAACACCUCAUUGCAGUGGAUUCUAGAAAAUGGAAAAGAUGUUGGUAUAAGGUGUGUUGGUUAUGACCCUGAUGAAGAAUUGACCAAUAUAACUGAUGUGGAGUUUUUACAGUCCACAAGACCACAGAUGUCUUUCUGGUGUCGUUUUCGACGUGCUUUUAUUACUGUAACGCACAGGUUAUUGUUGUUAUGCUUAGGUGUAGUAAUGGUGUGUGUGGUUCUGCGCUACAUGAAAUAUCGCUGGACAAAAGAGGAAGAGGAAACAAGGCAGAUGUAUGAUAUGGUGGUAAAGAUAAUAGAUGUUUUACGAAGUCACAAUGAAGCUUGCCAGGAAAAUAAAGAUUUACAACCCUACAUGCCUAUUCCACAUGUGCGAGAUUCUUUAAUACAGCCUCAUGAUAGGAAAAAAAUGAAGAAAGUCUGGGAUAGAGCUGUUGACUUCCUUGCUGCUAAUGAGUCUAGAGUUCGCACAGAAACACGAAGAAUAGGUGGUGCAGAUUUUCUGGUUUGGAGGUGGAUCCAGCCUUCUGCGUCCUGUGACAAAAUAUUAGUAAUACCUUCUAAAGUAUGGCAAGGUCAAGGAGUUUAUCCUGAAGAAAUUAUAAUAGAUGACAUGAAGAUAUGUGAACAUAAUGUUCACAGCUUUAUGCUGUGA